CUUUCCUCAACAUGUCGUUCUUCUCAUCAGCAACAGCAAGCACGAGCACUGCAGCUGCUGCCACCCCUGGUGAUCUAUCGAAGGACAUCGAAGUUCAGCAGCCACCAACGGACUCCAUCUCGUGCUUAGCUUUCUCACCAACCGCUGACAUCCUUGCCGUGAGCAGCUGGGAUAAUGGAGUACGAGCGUACGAGGUUAUGGCGAGCGGACAAACUGCGGGCAAAUUUAUGUAUAAUCACGACCAGCCUGUGUUGUCCGUGUGUUGGAGCAAGGACGGUACCAAGCUCUUUUCCGGAGGUGCAGACAAGCUCGCCAAGAUGUACGACGUAAGCACUGGUCAGACGACUCAAGUUGCCGUGCACGAGGAUGCUGUCAGACAUGUUCGGUGGGUGGAUCAAGCAAACGUAUUGGCGACGGGGAGCUGGGACAAAACCCUUAAGUACUGGGAUACUCGUCAGCAACAGCCGGUUGCGACAGUUCAGAUGCCUCACAAAGUCUACGCAAUGGACAUUCAGUAUCCACUGUUGGUGGUCGGCACCGCUGAGCGUAAUGUGUGCAUGCUUAAUCUCCAAAAUCCAACUCAGAUCGUUCGGACAAUACAAAGCCCGUUAAAACAUCAGACGAGAUGCGUCGCUUGCUUCACAACUGGGGAUGGGUUUGCGCUGGGAAGUGUAGAAGGUCGUGUUGCCAUUCAAGUCGUGGAUGAGAAGAUCACCAAUCAAAAUUUCUCCUUCAAAUGUCACCGAAGGGAUUCACCUGGAACGAAAGAUCAAGGGCAAGUCUAUGCGGUGAACGACAUCAGCUUCCACCACCAGCAGGGAACGUUUUCUACUGCUGGAGCAGACGGGGUUUUCACCUUCUGGGAUAAGGACGCCCGUAGUAGGCUCAAGUCCUUUGACAGCGGUCUGAAUCCCAUUUCCGCUACUGCGUUCAAUGCAAGCGGGACAGCAUUUGCAUAUGCCAUCUCAUACGAUUGGUCAAAAGGGCACACUGGCAAUGUAACCGGUCAUCCCAACAAGAUUAUGCUGCAUCCGGUGAAGGAGGAUGAGGUGAAGAAGCGGCCACCUAAGAAAUGAUCUCGUGUUGUUUCUUCACCGCGUGUAGUCCCGGUAUUCUACGAUCUCUGGAUGAGAGACAAGGUACCGGCAUAAUCGACACCGUAGCUUCUAUAUUACACUCAUGUAUCUAUAUACACCUGUCAC